ACCUGCGUGAGACCAGCAGCAGUGUCCGCAAUCUGCAACCGUCCAAGUGAGAAGCUGCUCCUUCGCGUGAAAACGCCCGCGAGGAAGGAUUUUUUUUAAUAUAAGAACGCCUCAUGUGAACAAUGACUGAAACGUCUGCUGGAUUACAAACUAUGAGGAGCUUUUCCCUCGCUUCAUCCUCCGAGCAGCUGUGACCAUCGCGUCCAGACACCGACACGCGCCGUCUCCGUGCACACACCAAGACUUGUUGUCCUCCUGCGAGAAACAUGUCCUCCAAAUUACUGGCUUAUGUCUUACUUGUGUCUGUCCUUCACACCUGCUCUCUAACAAUCGAGUACGAGGAGGAAUACGAGGAUGUCACUGUGAACCAAAUGCUGGCUCCUAAAUCACAGGAAACCGACGCCACAGAAAUACUCAACAAUUUACUGAAAGAAUAUGAUAAGAAGCUGCGGCCGGAUAUCGGAGUCAAACCAACUGUUAUAGAUGUGGACAUAUAUGUGAACAGCAUCGGCCCAGUGUCAUCAAUAAAUAUGGAAUACCAAAUUGACAUCAUCUUUGCCCAGACGUGGACAGACAGCCGUCUCAGAUACAACAGCACAAUGAAGAAAUUGACUUUGAACAGCAAUAUGGUCGGACUCAUUUGGCUGCCAGACACCAUUUUCAGAAACUCCAAGACUGCAGAUUCUCACUGGAUUACAAUGCCUAACCAGCUGCUCAGGAUAUGGAACGAUGGGAAGAUCCUUUACACUUUAAGACUAACGAUAAACGCAGAAUGCCAGCUGCAGCUGCACAACUUUCCAAUGGACGAACACUCCUGUCCACUCAUCUUCUCCAGCUAUGGAUACCCGCGAGAUGAGAUGAUUUACAAGUGGAGGAAGAACUCUGUGGAGGCGGCUGACCAAAAGUCCUGGCGUCUCUACCAGUUUGAUUUCAUGGGCCUGAGAAACACUACAGACAUUAUCAAGACCACAGCAGGUGACUAUGUAUUGAUGACCGUGUACUUCGACCUGAGUAGAAGAAUGGGCUACUUCACCAUCCAGACCUACAUCCCCUGCAUCCUCACCGUGGUCCUCUCCUGGGUGUCCUUCUGGAUCAAAAAAGACGCCACGCCAGCCAGAACGGCUUUAGGUAUAACCACCGUGCUGACUAUGACUACCCUCAGCAGUGUGGCCAGGACGUCACUACCCAGAGUGUCGUAUGUCACUGCCAUGGACCUUUUCGUCACUGUCUGCUUCCUGUUUGUCUUUGCUGCUCUGAUGGAGUAUGCAACGUUAAAUUACUAUUCAUACAGCGCUCGAAGACCCAGCUGCAUGGAACCUAAAAGAUCGAACUAUUCUGUCCUGGAUGUGAGACCUCCGCACACCGUCAUCGCUUUAAACAACUCCAUGUACUGGCAGGACUUUGAGGACGCUUGUGUUUAUGAGUGUCUGGACGGAAAAGACUGCCAGAGCUUCUUCUGCUGCUUCGAGGAGUGUAAAGAUGGUGCGUGGAGAAAAGGACGCGUCCACAUAGACGUACUUGAACUGGACGCAUACUCACGGGUCUUUUUUCCCACCUCCUUCUUGCUGUUCAACAUCGUCUACUGGGUAGGCUAUCUCUACCUUUAGCACACUGCUCUGUGACAAUAGACGGGCAGCGCAGGAGAAAUUCAAGAUAAUAAAAAGGUAACACCAAAUAAACUCUUUCCUGUGCUACCUGGAGAUAAAAAGACAGUGUGCGUCUGCAGGCCUGUGCCGAGCAGAGAUUUCUGCCUCUGUGACUUCAGGUACGAUAAUACGACACAUUACUGAUUCCCUUCAAUAUGCUGUACACAGAGGGAGGACGGGAUGGACUGUGUGCUAAUGACGAUGUGAAGACAAAGAAGGAAAUGUGCUUUGCACUGCUGUCCCAAACUUCUCAAUCAGGAGGAUGACUUGUGUUGUAGGGAAUGUAUCGGCACGUUAUUUUCCAGCCAUCAGUCAAAUCCAGUUGAUGAAAAUCCAAGGACAUUCAAACCAUUCAUAGUGCCUUCCUCUGGAGGGGUAGAUACUAUCUGCUACAAUAAUCAGGGAAUAAUGAUUUAUAAAAAAAAAAAGAAGAAGAAGAAGAGUCUGGCUUUG